GAUCGAUCUGUGGACCACUUCUCGCCACUGCACGACAAACUGUCAUUCAACGCGGUUCCUAAUUCAAACUUUUUAUGUUUUUUUUAAUGUUACGGUCAAUGUGAAAUGAUAAUUUAUUAAUUAUUUACAAAAUGGAGGGGCGGAGGAAUUGGGAUGGUGUACCUUUGGGCGAGUCGCAUUCGCCGCCGCAGUCGGUGCCUGGUCGAAGGACGCCGCUUGGAGCCGUGGGCCUCGGUGGCUUUUACAUGCAAGGAGGACAGCCUCCGCCCCCACAACAUUGUUAUCCUACGGACGAGAACCAGCCAGAACCAGGAACCAGCUAUGGACAAAGGCCAGUCAACGAAAGUAAAUCGAAACAUAAGAUGCGACAAGGUAAAACUGUGCGCCUGAACAUAAACGCCCGUGAACGAAGACGUAUGCACGAUUUAAAUGACGCCUUGGACGAACUCCGAGGUGUGAUACCAUACGCUCAUUCGCCGUCCGUACGAAAGCUGUCAAAGAUAGCAACGCUUUUAUUGGCCAAGAAUUAUAUUAUGAUGCAGGCUAGCGCGUUAGAAGAACUACGAAGACUUGUAGCGUACUUGCAAGGUACGGCAACAGCGGCGGGUAUUGUGCCCCCACCGGGUUUCGAUCUAGCCGGUUUUCCAGCGGCAGCCAAGCUCCUUCAGCCUCCAGCCCCGGGCCCUCCACCGCCCCCAGAACCACCCUCUUGAGAUUCACUCGUAAAACUUGAACCGUAAGCCGUCACGAAUCUAGUCAUUGUAUAAUAACUGUGACGCGAAAAAUAAAAAAUAAAUAUAAUAUAAAAUAAGGAGCUAGCGAAAAGAACCUAAGAUGAAGACAAUGUAAUAACAGUGAAAAAUAUAAAAUUAGCUUGACUCGUUGUUUUAUAUAAGGAAAUACAUAAAUAAAUAAAUAAUGUAUGCAAUUUUCGCAAUGUAGGUUUUAAUAAAAAAAAAAAUUAUUCUUUAAAACGAUUGUAAUACUUGAAUUAGAAUAUUUAAUGUGCUUAUUAUUAAUUGUAGUUAUUCGGUGUAUAAUAUUCUAUAAACAGAUAUCUCAAAUACACGUGUCUGUAGUAUGCUCAUUUAAAUUUAAUUAUAGUAUUUAGUAUAAAUAUAGUUGUUUAAAAAUAAAGACCCUUUGCGGUCGUUAAAAUUGUCCAAUGAAAACGUUUACUCAAUACCAGGCUCCAAUAAUAUGUAUUAUUUAAAAAGUAGAUUUGUUUAACAAUGUACCAUUCUAAGAUUGUUUUAAAUCAUAUAACAUAUUAUAAAUUUCAUACGUUAAUACAAAUUUUGGCACAAAUCAUAUUCCGACGAUUUCAUGUUUUAUCUGAAUAUUUUUUAUUAGCAGAGUAAGUCUAGAUUUAGUGACUGCAUGAUCUACUUAACUUAUAUAAAUUAUACGUUAAUAAUCAUUGAUCAGUAUUUAAAUAGCGGAAUUAAAAUUGAUAUGGUAAGUUUUUAGAAUUUUAAAAAAAUUGGGAAAAAUUGGCCAUUUGCGAAGCUUUACAAUGCAAGCCGAGUUCCCAUCUCUCAUUUUCAGUUUUUAAUAUGUAUUUAAUGAACAUCACAGAAGAUAAGUACGACGAACGAACGCGGCACUUGGUAUGCUGAACACUAUAACUCAUUAAUAUUUUUAUUUUUCUUAAGAGUGACCAUUAAAUUAAAAAUAAUAAAUAAAUAAAUCUAUCUAACCUAAACAGAAUUUGCCCAGAAAUAUAGACAUUUAAAUUAUAAGACCAUGCACAUACACAAAAUUGAACAUAUUUCUAUAAGUCAAUAUUUUUUAUCCGGAACCAAACUGCUGAGCAUACUCCUCAUAUUGAUGAAAAUAGAUAUAAUAAUAAAAAAGUACUACAUUUCCCAUCCAAAUUAUUUGAAGCAAGUCGUGAAAAAUGCGAUAUAGCAUGUAUCAAUCAUUAUAAUAAGUUGGGGAAAAAGUCUUUACGCAUUAUAGUAUGUAUGAACUUGUAAUAAAAUCUCUUUGGCUACCUACAGGUACUAUUUGUAUCUGGCUGGUUUAGGUAUCAUUCAAAGUUUAAAUUUUUAAGAAGAUAAUUCCAAAUUCAAAAUAGGAAAAUGUGUGAUUUUUAUUUAUUUUUCGUACUGUCAAGAUGAGCGAAUCUAAUGAAGAAAUUCGAUACAUUUAAAAAUUUUACUACAAAAAAGGUAAAAAUGCAACGCAAGCCUCGGAAAAAAGCAGUGUCAGUGAGAGUAGCACAAAUUUGGUUUAAGCGUUUUCAAUCCGAAAAUUUUGAUGUCAAAGAUGCACGUCGCUCUGGUCGCCCUAUCACGGAUAAAAUGGUUGCCAUUUUUGAAAAAGUGGAGCAAGAUCGGCAUGUCAGUAGUUACGGCGUAGCUGAAGAACUGGGAAUUGACCACAAAACAGUUUUGACGCAUUUGAAAAAAAAAAGGGUACACAAAAAAGCUCGAUAUUUGGGUACCUCACGAGCUCACUGAAAGAAACCUAGUGAACCGUGUACUCAUUUGUGAUUUUUUUUAUUACGACGUAAUGAAACCAAAAAAUUUUUGAAGAAGCUCAUAACUGGUGAUAAAAAGUGGAUCACGUACGACAAGAACGUUCGAAAAAGGUCGUGGUCAAAGACCGGUCAAACUUCACAGACUGUGGCGAAGCCCUGGUUAACGCGCAACGAGGUGAUGGUGUGUGUGUGGUGGGAUUGGAAGGGCAUUAUUCAUUAUGAGCUGUUACCACCAGGCAGGACCAUCGAUUGUAAACUCUACUGCGAACAACUUAUGAGAUAUAGCAAGAAGUUGAGAGAAAGCAGCUGGAAUUAAUCAACAGAAGAGAUGUGGUUUUUCAUCAUGAUAACGCUAGACCUCACACAUCUUUAGCCACUCAGCAAAAAUUAAGAAAGCUUGGCUGGGAGGUGUUAAUGCAUCCGCCGUAUAGUCCUGACCUUGCACUUUCAGAUUUCCACCUGUCUCGAUCUCUUCAGAAUUCUUUAGGCAGUGUCAGGUUAACAUCACGAGAGGACUGCCAAAACCAAUUUUGUCGCGAUAUUUUGAUCAGAAGCCCCAACAUUUCAAUAGCAGUCGGAUCAUGUCCCUACCUACAAGAUGGCAAAAAGUUAUCGAACAAAAUGGUGCCUACAUACUUUAGUAAAUGUAAAUAACCUAUUAUAAAAAAUGUUGUGAAUUUUCUUAAAAAGUGCGAAGAAACUUUUUCCCCAACCUAAUACUAUAGUUAUAAUACCAAUGGAGUGUCAAUGGAUGACAUCUGUUGUCAUCCAAUUUUCUUGGCUUUUUUUAGCAUCGAUGCUUCAUAAUAUUUUUGAAUUACGUCUACAGCUAAGACAAAUUAGAUAAUCUACAAUGCUUAAAAAUAAUAUUAAGGUCUCUAGAAAUUAUAGUAAUUAGCCAACAUUAAUCUUAAUGACUAGAAUAAUCUAUCUGUGAGAAUGCACAGAAAGCUGUGAAUCAAUGUGCCAAAUGACGUGUAGUUUAUCCUCAAAAUAUCUAGACAUAACAUUUGUAAAUGUUAGAUUAUGUCCUGGAAUCGAGGGGGCUUAGAGUAAGUUAAGAUUAGAACUUUAAUAUUCUUUUUUUGUUAAUUUCAAAUCCAGUUUGUAUAUUAUGUCAUUUUUCACAAUGCAACUUACGUAAUAUUUUUGCUAAUUGCCAGGUUUUUUUCAAAUAAUCUAUGUAAGUCACUGAUCAGUCAAGAUCAAUCUGACAAGUAUAUUAUCUAGUUUUCGGCCAUUAAGCUACAAAAGUUGACGAAGAUUCCCAGAGAUCUUUUAUAAUCGAUCAAAGAUUAAUCGAUUUUUUAUACUUUAGAUUAGCAAAUCAAUACUAUGUUUGUUUGAUGUACCAUUUUUUUUUAUAUAAAAUUAUACUUAAUAAAUUAUAUAAAGUAUACUUAAUAAAUUGCAGACAAUGGAAGAAAUAUGAAAUAUGAAAUAUAAAAUGUUUAUUUGAUAAAUGUAGAAUUGUAUUGUAUAAAGUUUGUAAGACGUUUUUCACCAAUGCCUUUGAUCACGUAUAUAAUUAUUUCUAAAUGUAUAUCAGAUUUAAACAUUUAAUCGGAGACAUUGAUAUAUUUUAUGUAUAUUUUUACUUUGACACAGUUAUGUCCGAAAGUCAAAUAAUAACAUCAAUGUUAUAGUAAUUUUAAUCGAUAAGUCCUCGGCAACAUUAAUGCUCUAAUUAAACGUGAUUACUACUAGUAUUAAAUAAUUGUAAUAAUGUCCUGAAUUAAAUUAUGACUGUGGUGAAAAUGAUAUUAGAUAAUCAAGUAGUAUUUUAUUUCUGAAUUUUUUAGAGGGCACUGACCUCAGAAAUCAAUCACCCUUUUCAAAAGUAGGUAACGAAAAAUGUAUGAUUUGAAAAGUGUUCCAACUAAAUAAUGAAACAUGUUUUGUUUUA